GAAGUCACGGCCCCCGAGGUCGGGGCGCGGGGGCACAGCCUUGCACCGCCUCACGUGCCGGUUCGCGACAGGGAACCGUAAGACCCUGACAUGCAUAUUAGGGGCCACCCGUCGCCGUGGCUCCUCUGCCGGGGCGGGGAAAGACAGCGCCCCGCGACCCGCAGCUCCCCCGGGGGCGCCAGGCGCUGACCUGCAAAUGUUCCGUCCGGCUGCGCGGGCCUGACAGGGGAGGCGCCUAGCCAGCCCGACGAGGGAGGCACGCGAGCUCGCUCGCGCGCGCGCGCGGGCACUGGGUCGGAUCCCGCCGGCCGCCCAGGCACCGCCCCCGCCGGUUUUCCCCGCCCCGGCACGUCGGGGGGUUCCGGGCGCCCAGACUGCAGGGGACCGCAUGGAGGCGGCCUCGCCGGCGGGACCCGCUGCCCCGCAGCCGCGCGCCCCGGGGGCAGCGGGGCGGCUGGGCAGCUUGCUGCGCGGGCUCAAAGGCCAGCUCUUCACCUGGAACAUCUUGAAGACAGUUGCGUUGGGUCAGAUGUUGUCCUUGUGUAUAUGCGGGACGGCCAUUACCAGCCAGUACCUGGCAGAAAGAUACAGAGUGAACACGCCCAUGCUUCAGAGCUUUAUCAACUAUUGCCUGCUGCUUCUGUUUUAUACGGUGAUGCUGGCAUUCCAGUCAGGUAGUGAUAACCUUCUGCACAUCUUGAAGAGAAAAUGGUGGAAGUACAUCCUGCUUGGACUAGCGGAUGUGGAAGCCAAUUACCUGAUUGUCAGAGCAUACCAGUAUACGACUCUAACCAGUGUCCAGCUUUUGGACUGCUUUGGGAUUCCUGUGUUGAUGGCACUCUCGUGGUUUGUUCUCUAUGCAAGAUACAGAGUGAUCCACUUGAUUGCUGUAGCUGUCUGUCUGCUGGGCGUGGGGACGAUGGUCGGUGCCGACAUACUCGCAGGGAGAGAAGACAAUUCAGGUAGUGACGUGCUGAUUGGUGACAUCUUGGUCCUUCUUGGAGCUUCUCUCUAUGCUGUUUCUAACGUGUGUGAAGAGUAUAUCGUGAAGAAGCUGAGCAGGCAGGAGUUUUUAGGAAUGGUGGGCCUAUUCGGAACCAUUAUCAGCGGCAUACAGCUAUCGAUCGUUGAAUGUAAGGAUAUUGCCAGCAUUCAGUGGGACUGGAAAAUCGGUAUGUUCAUACAUGUUCAUCCUUUUUUUGGUCAGAAUAGUUUUGCUGUCCUAGGAAUUCUGAGCAAGACUGACCUUCGGUCACACUCCCUGUCAAUUAGAUCUGUAUCACGAGUCCUCAAAGCUCUUGUGAAGGUUGUCUGCUUGAUGUAAUUUGUGAAACAUUAACCCGAAUCAUCUGAUGGCGCGUAAUCACCCACCACCUUCCAUUGCUUCUCUCUGGUAUUCCUGGGCACCUGCACUAAUCAAUAAUGUAGAAGAAAACAGUGGUGAAACAGGAAAGACUCCAACCUUAUUUAAUGAUGGGUGGAAAGAAGUUAUAAGCAGUACGUAAAAUGCCGUGUUCAUUUGCCGGGCUUGGAUAAUUUAGUUCAGUUAAAUAACUUCGAUUGCCGGGGUGUGAGUGGCUGUGUGUGGGUGUGUGUCAGGUAUGGGGGUGAGAUUGAAGAGGCGGUUGCAAAGCUAAAUAGUGAGCGCCCGCACUGUGUCUGUCCGAUAGAGGAUGGGUAUACUGUGCUUUCUGGGAGCACUGAAUUUAAUGAGAUGAACAAAAGAUUAUGGGUUAUACUUCUUGAUCGUUAUUCUGCUUUUAUUGACCUUUUAUCACAAGAUCUCUCUGCGUGGGGCGGCUGGAGCUGUUGAACCAGUCCCACCGUGAGCAAGUUUCUGUGCCCUUCCCCCUCAACACCCUGUUGCAGUUUUGAAGUCCUUCCUCUAUGUCUUGUCUUAUUAUUAUAUUUUUCCUGAGAGCUUUCUAUGCCUCAUUGGCAAUGCUGAGUGUUAACAAGAGACUUUGUAGAUAGUAUGUUAAACAGUUAGGGAAUUUUAUAGGCAGCCAAGCCUUCAAAGUGUCUUUGCCUUCUGAUUUCUUCCUGUGAUAUUCGAUAUUCCACUUUUGUGUCCCC